UUAUCUAACUUUACGAGGUGUAAAAUCAUCUCAGAAAUGAAAGCCAUAUUUGUUCUAUUGGCAGUAAUUGCCACAGCUUAUGCUGCUUUGCCAUCCAGCGAAUACUUGCCACCUUUGGAAGACGCGUCUCCUACUAGCAAUCUAGACCUACAAUCGCUAGGUGAAUCAAGUCCACUUGCUGACGACGGUUAUCGUUAUAAAACUGUUAAACGUUUACGUUUGCGCCAUCGUCGUGAUGUCAAUGAAUUACCACCAAACGAAUACUUGCCUCCUACAGAAUCAGCUCCAGCUGUAGCUGAUAUCCCAGUAGUUAUUACCCCUGUUGAAUCUGAACAAGAUACCGCAGUUUUAGCUGAUGAUGGCUACCGUUACAAAACUGUUAAACGUAUUCGUUACCGCCAUCGCCGUGAUGUCAAUGAAUUGCCAUCAUAUGAGUACUUACCACCUACUCAAGAAUCUCAAGUUGUGGAAGAAGCUGCUCCUGUUGCUGCUGCAGAAGAAUCUGCGGUUCUUGCUGAUGAUGGUUACCGUUACAAGACCGUUAGGCGUAUUCGUUAUCGCCACCGUCGUGAUGUCAAUGAAUUACCCUCCAACGAAUACUUGCCCCCUACCCAAGUCGUAGAAGAAGCUGCUCCAGCUUUUGCUGCUGCUGAAGAAUCUUCUGUUCUUGCUGACGAUGGUUACCGUUAUAAGACCGUUAAACGCAUCCGUUAUCGCCAUCGCCGUGAUGUCAACGAAUUGCCCUCCAACGAAUACUUGCCCCCUACCCAAGUCGUAGAAGAAGCUGCUCCAGUUAUUGCUGCCGCUGAAGAGUCAGCUGUUCUUGCUGACGAUGGCUACCGUUAUAAGACCGUUAAACGUAUCCGUUAUCGUCAUCGUCGUGAUGUUAACGAAUUACCCUCCAACGAAUACUUACCCCCUACCCAAGAAACCCAAGUCGUAGAAGAAGCUGCUCCAGUUAUUGCUGCCGCUGAAGAAUCUGCUGUUCUUGCUGAUGAUGGUUACCGUUACAAGACCGUAAAGCGCAUCCGUUAUCGUCACCGUCGUGAUGUCAACGCAUUACCCUCCAACGAAUACUUGCCCCCUACACAAGAAACCCAAGUUGUGGAAGAAGCUUCUCCUGUUCUAGAGUCUGCUUCUUUGGCCGAUGAUGGUUAUCGUUACAAGACUGUAAAACGCGUCGUUUACAGACGUCGUGUUUAAAUAGAAAUUAGUUUUAGAAAAAACACAUCGACGAAAAACGUAAAAUUUGAAAGAUAUAAAAUAAAUAAUACAUGUAUGUGUGUACA